UUUGCAUGUCCUCCUUUCACAACAUAACAUAUUGCUCUCUAAUUAUUCUAGUGUUGCUAUUGUGUUGUCACUUUCUCUUUGAGGCCAUUUUUCUAGCUAUUUAAGAAAAUGGCAAUUGAGCAGCACAAGGAUGUGGAGAGUGGAUAUUUGCAACAGCCCUUCAUUCAACCAGAGGAGGCUGCUGCUUGUGAAGAAGUUGGAUCAGAUAAGAGUGUGGAAAAUGGAUCCAUUGGAAUGGUUUUUCUUAGCACACUUGUUGCUGUUUGUGGUUCUUUCACAUUUGGAACUUGUGUGGGAUAUUCAGCACCCACUCAAGCGGCUAUCAGAGCAGAUCUUAAUCUAUCUCUUGCUGAGUUUUCCAUGUUUGGUUCAUUAGUGACCAUUGGUGCAAUGCUUGGAGCUAUAACAAGCGGGCGGAUUACAGAUUUCAUUGGCCGGAAAGGGGCUAUGAGGAUUUCAACAGGAUUCUGCAUUACUGGAUGGUUAGCCGUCUUCUUCUCAAAGGGUUCUUACUCCCUUGACAUGGGAAGAUUUUUCACAGGGUACGGCAUAGGAGUUAUCUCUUACGUGGUUCCUGUAUAUAUAGCAGAAAUAGCACCCAAAAAUCUUCGAGGAGGACUAGCAACAACAAAUCAGCUUUUGAUUGUUACUGGAGGGUCAGUCUCAUUCUUACUAGGAAGUGUAAUAAAUUGGAGAGAACUAGCACUAGCGGGGCUAGUGCCUUGCAUUUGCUUGCUGGUUGGUUUGUGCUUUAUCCCCGAAUCCCCCAGAUGGCUGGCAAAGGUUGGCCGCGAAAAAGAAUUUCAACUAGCUUUAAGUAGACUUCGGGGUAAACAUGCUGAUAUUUCUGAUGAAGCUGCUGAAAUUCUGGAUUAUAUUGAAACUCUUGAAAGCCUUCCUAAGACUAAGCUGUUGGAUUUGCUCCAAAGCAAAUAUGUGCGCUCUGUAGUUAUUGGGGUCGGGUUAAUGGCAUGUCAACAAUCUGUUGGAAUUAAUGGCAUAGGAUUCUACACAGCAGAGAUUUUUGUAGCAGCUGGACUUUCUUCAGGAAAAGCUGGUACCAUAGCAUAUGCUUGUAUACAAAUUCCAUUUACCUUAUCGGGAGCCAUUUUGAUGGAUAAGUCUGGAAGAAGACCUCUUGUAAUGGUUUCUGCAGCUGGGACAUUCUUAGGUUGCUUGAUUGCUGGCAUUGCUUUCUUUCUCAAGGACCAAAACUUAUUGCUUGAGUGGGUACCUAUAUUAGCAGUUGCUGGCGUGUUGAUCUACAUAGCAGCAUUUUCGAUUGGUCUCGGAUCAGUUCCAUGGGUGAUAAUGUCUGAGAUAUUUCCCUUACAUUUGAAGGGGACUGCUGGAAGCUUGGUGGUUUUGGUGGCUUGGCUAGGAGCUUGGGUAGUUUCAUAUACUUUCAACUUUCUCAUGAGCUGGAGUUCUCCUGGUACAUUGUUUUUGUAUGCUGGAUGUUCCCUCUUAACUAUUCUAUUUGUAGCAAAAUUAGUCCCAGAAACCAAAGGAAAAACUUUGGAAGAGAUCCAGGCUUGCCUUAGUUCACAGAGAUAAAAGAGAAAAAAACGCACUCGCAGGACCCUGUCAAAUCAUUACCAUCAUUUUUCAAAUUCUUUUAGAUCCAUUUAGGACCGUCAAGGCAUUAAAUAACAUAAUGCUGCCAUAUCCAUUUUUUUGUUGUAGUAUAAUAAUAAUAACAAUGUAUUAUUAGCUUAUUUGAUAAGAAAAAAAUCAUUCUGUAACACUCUGCCUCUGCCUCUUCCGGUUUUGUAAUGGAUUUGUUGUUUACUUUACAAAAAGUAAUCCAGGUGUAGCUUCAGCUUUGUGACUAAUCAAUUGAUUGGAAAAAUUCACGUAAGCUUCUUGAUGCCA